AUGGUGGCUCCUAGCAAAGUGUUUACCAGUCCUUUAAAAUGUUAUCACUGCUCACAGUCCAUAUUACAUCCGGGAGUAGGCUGUGUUCGAAAUUUUCUAGAUAAUCUCUUACAUCAUGGUUUAUCCGGUUUGAAAUAUUUUUCUCCUUUAUUGAUAACUCCUUUAGUGAUGAAAUAUAAAACGAUGAAUCGAGAACUAUUUGUAAAUACCCUAAAAUAUUAUUUGCAAACUGUAUGUUCGGCUUCAAUGGCUACCUCAAGUGUGUUUCUAAUGAUUUGUUGUCUAAGAAAUUACCUUGGAAACUUUCGUACUUAUACCACUCUAUUUUUACCGACCGUACUUGGUCUGCAGUUCUGUUGGUUUUUUCCGUCGCGAGUAAUGAAAUUAUUUACAACUGCAACAUCACAAACUAUACUAGAAGGUCUUUUACGGCAAAAUGCAAACAAAUUCACGCAUUUAAUUUUGCAUUCACCCAUGGUGCAAACAAUAUUAUUUAUGUUAAAUAGUGCCAUUAUUUUACACUAUAAACGAAAAAAUAUUUACAAAGAUUAUUGGUUUAUUCAACCGUAUGAAAAAAUGGAAGUAACAAGAAAUGAAGAGGACAAGGACGUUCUGGCUAAUGACGAAAAUGAAAAUGUUGAAGUUGCAUAUAAUAAGAAAUGCCAAACAAAAUGUGUGCAUAAUAAUAUAACAUGUCUGAAAUUUUUAUUGGAUGGUAUAAAAUCGUAUUUAGUUUAUGGCAUACCUUUAGAUUUGUUAUCCAUGUUAAUAAGAGGUAAAAUACCGAGAGGAACUCGGGGUUUUACACAAAAAGCUAUAGAGAAAUUUAAGACCUUUAGACCUAAUAUGACGGGAUUUUUUAUAUCAUAUGUCGGAAUUUAUCGGUUAUCUGCCUGUUUGUUGCAUAAAUAUUAUGGUCAUUUAACUCCCGAUCUGCAACAUUUGCUGUCAGCUUUCUUAGGCGGCUUUUCGUAUGUGUGCUCUCAACGAGUUAAUUUAUUAUAUUUCUCCUUGGUCCUAUCAAUUCAACAGUUGUGGCAACAGUUUUGUACCAGUAUUAAAACUAAUAAAAAGACGGGUAAACGAACUAAUUUGGUUUUGUGGAUUUUAAAGAGUGCUCCCAUGUCUCAAAUAAUAUUUUGCAUUAACUGCGGCUAUUUAGUGCAUAAUUAUAUUUUAAAUUAUCAUUUGGUGAAUAGUUUGGCGAAAGGGUUUCUGGAUGCUCUUACUUGUAACAGAAUCAAAAAUAUCCGAGAUACUUUAAUAAAAAACGAUCUGCCGACCUUAAUUAAUAUAGCGGAAUCUAAUUCCAUAAGAAAAUUUCUUUAGUAAUUUAAAUUUACAUAUCAUUAGUGUAUUAUAACAGUUAAAACCAAGAUUACCGAUUAUUUGUUUACGUUUAUUACAAGAGCUGAAAGAAACUAACAAAAUUCCAACAAAUUUGACAUGCAUAAACAUGUCCAUCAACUAAAAAAAAACAAACAAACAAAACACAAGAAGA